AUGAAGUCUGCUAGUCUCUUGGAGGCCUCCCGUCGUCUUGUGUGGCCAGCCCCUCCCUUUGCAAGGGUGUGGCGCCUCCAUCCAGAUGUGGUUCGCACGAUUUGGUGUCUUUUCGGCAGGGCUUGGGUCAAUCUCAUCGCCUCCCGGGAGUCGACCCACUGCCCUCUCUGGUUUUCCCUGGGGGAGCACUCCAGCCCUCUCGGUCAGGACGUGCUAGCCCACCCAUGGCCGAGGGGCCUGCUCUACGCCUUCCCGCUGCUCCCUCUGAUCUGGAUGAGGCUUCAGAGGCUUGAGUAUGCCGGUCAGUGGAGGUUGUUUGUGGAGUGGCAUACGGGCCAUGGGGAUGACCCGGGAGCCACAGCCUGGUCUCUGCAUUCCUUAAGUGGGCCCAAGGGCUCCGCCCCCCCUCUGGCUGCGGCCAAGCCUCAGUGGGUGGCCCGCGAGGCGCCGUUCCUGCUGACCAUUGCCUCUGCUUUGCGCGUCGGCGUAUUGCUCGCAGUUUCGAUUUGCUUGAGGGCGGUCCUAGAACUCAUAAAUGAGGCGGACCAUGGAGGAGUUUGGCCAGAACGCUGGCUGAGCGGCAACUUCUGCAUGGAGAGCAAGGACCAUUCAGAGCUCUGCUUUCCACAGCUGGCCAACCUGUCAUGCAAGAAGUUCAUGUUGGAAUCAUCUGAAGAUGUUCUUAAUGCUCUGCUGUCUUUAACCUGUGUCCUUACUGUGAUGCUCAAUUUGAUUGUCAUUGUUGCAAUCUCCCAUUUCAGGCAGCUUCACACUCCCACCAACCUGCUCCUCCUCUCUCUCGCCGUCUCCGACGUCCUGGUGGGCCUCCUGGUGUGGCCUACUGAUAUCUAUCUCAGAACAUCCUGCUGGGCUUUUGGCGACGUAGCAUGCAUUUGCUAUCAGUUUGUCUCCUUCAUCAUCGUGUCCACCUCAGUGGGAAACAUGGUGUUGAUAUCAGUUGACCGUUACAUUGCCAUUUGCGAUCCUCUCCACUAUAAGGAGAGGAUCACUGUGAAUAGAAUCCAACUUUGUGUUUGUCUCUGCUGGUUUUUGUUGUCUCUGUACUGUUGCUUUCUUUUGAGGGAUCAUCUUGUUCAUCCAGAAAAAUGCAGGUCCUGCUAUGGGGAAUGUGUUGUGCAUUCUAACGUACAUGAUGGGAUUACUGUUAUGGUUGUGAUUUUCAUCCUCCCUCUCAGCAUUAUUGUCACACUGUACACCAGAGUGUUUAUGGUUGCCGUGUCUCAGGCGCGAGCCAUGCGUUCUCACGUCACAUGUGGCAAAGUACAGAAUUCCAUCCGUUUAGGCCCAAAGAAAUCCGAGCUGAAAGCGGCCAGGACUCUCGGUGUUGUGGUUCUCGUUUUCACUGCCUGCUUUUGUCCAUUUUACAUUUUUUCUCUCGUAGGUGACUUAAGCUUUUCAUCAUCUGCACAUUAUGUUCUCUACCUGUUUAAUUUCAACUCAUGUGUGAACCCUUUGAUUUACGCCCUGUUCUACCCCUGGUUUAGAAGAACUGUUAAACAUAUUGUUACUCUGCGCAUACUGCAGCCUGGCUCCUCUGGGGCCAAACUGGUGUAG